AUGAUACUGAUUGUUUGUUAUGGAAACCAUUCCUAUAAAUACUUUCUUGUGACGCAUAAUAUUAUGCAACCUCGGGUUAUAUCGGGUUUAAUCGGGUUAUUAGCCGUAAAGUAUUCAGUCUGCAAAUUUUCAGAAAAAAAACUCCAGGGCCUGGAGAUGACAGACACAGCAGCCAGACUCUACAAUGGGAUCAAAGAAAAUAAUGAAUGGUCCCUCAGAAAUGGCAAUUCAGGAUCCAUUGUAAACUUCAAAAACAAGAAUACCCAAGAGGAUGAGUGGUCACUAGAAAUCACUUUCAAGGUCCCUACCUUAAAAUACCCAGAAUUCGCAGGAAUUUACGCCUGGUACACAGAAGACCCAGUGAGACACGGGGGAUUCAAAGGCGCAAAAGGCAAAUUCAACGGGAUAGUGGCAGGAUUGGAGUUCAUUGGCAAGGGAGUAGAUAUAAUUGUAUCUGUAAAUCAUGGUGAAACUGACUAUACAGAAUUAGCCCCAGAUACAAUCGAACUAAAAGACAGUCCAGACCCAAAUAUUUUCAAAGACAAAAAUACGUUAACCCUGAAAAUAAUUUCAACAGAAAAAAAUUUCAAGAUAGAAAUAUACGAUAAAGAUAAAAAUCUCAUAUAUGAUAGGGUAAGAUAUACGCAAAUGGCAGAAAUUAGUAGUAGACUAUCAGGAAAGUACUUUGGAUUAACCACAGAUUAUGCAGCCUCUGUUAAGAAUGCGUUUAAAUUAGUCAGUGCCUCACUGUACAAAAGAGAAGAACAUCCAGAAUAUGACCCAAAUGCAUAUAAUGCAGAUAUAAAUGAGACAAUCCCCAGGUUACCACAUGAAAUAGACCCUACUGAAGAUAUGCAGCACAUUAUAUCUGGGAUAGAGCAUCUUACAAAGUAUUUACGUAUUGUGAUGGGUGACCCACAAGGAAAACCCAUUGCAGAUAAUGUAAUGUACGUUAAAAAGGUGACUAACUUCAUGGUUGCGCAUAUAUUAGAGGUAAGGGAUGGGCUUAAGUCGUUAAUAGAUGUGACCAAGAAGCAUGCCCAGCAGGAAGAGGGUCACAGGCAGGAAUUGUUCUAUUUAGUGCAGAACAUGAAUAUAAAACUAACUGAAAUGAAUAAGAAAGGUCAUAAUAUAUCUGUAACUGCCAUGAUAUCAAUGGGAUGUGGGUUAUUUGCCGUUGGAUUCCUGUUAGGCAAGAGAUUCUCACCAAUCAAGAAGAUGUCACUGCACUAA